GAAUUUAUUAUCGCUAAUUCACAACGCUUUUUCUUAAAUGUGCACUUAAAUACUUCCGAGUUGUGCAGAUCACAGAAGCAGAACUUUAAAGAUCCUGAAUGGCGACUGUACAAAAGAGACGUAACGGACGACGAAACAACCAAGAAGAGACACCCAACAAAUUGAAAAGAAAAAAUUCUAAAAUACUUGAACAUGUUACUCAAGACGAAACUCCGGUGUCAAACGUUGUUGUUCCAAUGGAAAUUGAGGAAGAAAUUAAACCAAAAAGCAAUGGAAUUUUGACUUCGCUGCCAUCACCAAAACUACAAAAGGAGCAGACUUCAACUCCAACAGUAACAUCAAGCAAAAAGUCAACUACACCUAGAAAACGAAAAGCCAAGUCGGAAGAGAUAACUUCAGAUAUUAAAACGGAAACUAUAUCAACGGAAACUAUAUCAACAGAUCAGCUUGUGAUGAAAGAAGAUGAACAAUCCGUUACAGCAAUUAAGAAGGAAAAACGAAAACGUAAUAGAGUUUUACCUCCAAGGGGGAAAAAAGUUAAUAAUGACUCAUUACAGUCACAAACACAAUUGCAACCAACAACACAACCUCAAAAUGAGAUGACACAAGAACAACAAACACCACCUCCUCAACAACCUCAGCCAGAAAAAUCAACGUCAUCUAUACAAAUAUCUCAAAAAACAAGGAGUCCUUCAACUCAGAAGCGAAAAGUUAAAGCUUUGGCAAUCACAGGACCGGGAGUUAAAGAAAAAUCCCUUGAUAAUGUCACCCCCGCAACCUCACUUGAAGAGGCUAGUACUCCUGUACUUGAACCUAAGGAAGUACUUAAAGAAGAACAAAAAGAAAUUAAUGAAGCUAGAAAAUCACAAAAAAAAAAAGCGAGAUUAGUAAUCAAACAAAAAAGGAAAAGAAUAAUCAAAAGCAAAGAAACUAUAUCAAGUGGGGAUGAUGAUUUGGAAGACGAAUACAUUCCAAAUGAUAUCAUAAAAGUAACAACAAUUAAUGAAACACCACGAUCAUCAUUAACAUCUCACACUAAACCAUCGAAAAAACGAAAUAUUACGAAUGGUAUGGACAAUAAUAAAGAUUUAAAAGCUCGUGUCACUAGACAGCGAAAAUCAACAAAUAAAGGGAAAACUAGGGGUCGAAAGAAAUUAAUUAGAAUGAUAUAGAUGAAAAACGAGAUCAAACAUCAAGUCAUGCCCCCGAUAAUAGGCAGGUAAUAGAGAAUAAUGAACAGGAUCGGGAACAAACUGAAGACGUUGAUUUGCCAUU